AGAAGAAUCAAACGAUUUUUCUUUCCAAGUUCGCAGUCGUCUUGAAAGCUUGGAAGUCCGAGAGUUCCGACUUCCCAGAUCCUUGAUGGUUUGAAACCAGCAUUAUUAGGGGUGUUUUCACAUAUUCAUUAUUGAUCUCUUCACCGGUGGUGAGGAUUCUAUACCACCUACGAAAUGAUUAGGAGCUUCAGGAUUAGAAAAUGCCUUCUAACCACUGUUCUAAUAUGCAUCACUACCAUCAUUGUGUUUUAUUCUGGACGGCAAUCUUCCAAUUCAUUUGUGGUUUUUAUAAGAAAUGCCCUUCGGCCGCUGGACGGAAUCUUCUCUCCACCGCCGGACAACGACCCAUGGUUUCAGAAGCGCUUCAUCAGAUCUAUCAAACCAUUUCUGACGAGAGAGAACAAUAAACUAUCCGAUGAUACCAGAACGUGGUGGCGGGAAAUCCAGAAUGACAGUAGCACAGCCAAAUUCAGCGACGUGGUGGAGAAGUUGUUCCAGGUCAUCCCUGAUGCUGACCUACACAUGGACACGGGCCAUGAGCGCCAUGGAAGCUGUGCUGUGGUGGGGAACUCUGGGAACCUCAAGGGUUCCUACUACGGAGCCCUCAUAGACUCCAGUGACGUCGUCAUAAGAAUGAACAAGGCUCCUACCUCUGGCUAUGAGGAGGAUGUUGGGACACGGACCACGUAUCACGUCAUGUACCCAGAGAGUGCAAUAGAUCUGGACAAAGCCACUAGGUUCCUGUUGAUCCCUUUCAAGACUCUGGACCUUCAGUGGCUACCAGGCGCCAUGACCACUGGGUCUAACAUCACUUUGUCAUAUUUACCACUUAGACAGAAGAUAAAGGCCAACAAAGAUUUGGUAUUGGUUCUGAAUCCUGUGUUCAUGAAAUAUGUUCAUGAAACCUGGCUUGACUAUCAGGGCAAAUACCCCUCUACUGGAUUCAUGGCUUUGAUAUUAUCCCUACACAUCUGUGACAAGGUGAAUGUGUAUGGAUUUGGGAAAGACAAAGCUGGGAACUGGCACCACUACUGGGAAACCUUAGUGGAUAAAAAUCUCCAAACUGGAAUACACGAUGGAAACUACGAGUACAACGUCACCAUGAGGCUCUCGGAAAUACACAAACUACAGCUAUUUAAGGGAUUUAGUUUAUAAUUCAUAAUGUCCCUUACAGCUGUAUAUACACUAUAAAGAGCUUUUUAUUAAAGCGGAUUAAUCAAAUAGGUGUUAGCCUGUUGUCUACAUUGCACAGGGUUUACAUACUCAAAUACCUUCUCCUUUUAUCUGCACUACCGUUUUUGGUUUUGUGUGAACUUGAACAAUUUGGGGCCAAAUUUAUGAACUUUGGCUUAGAACAUGGUUUAACCAUUGGUCUAAAAUGGCUAGCUACUAGCUUUUCUCAUAGGCCAACCUGGUGAAAUUAGCCACGAUGCUGAGGACGGUCAGCAGAUAAUUGUAUCCAGUAACAAAUUCCGUCUCGGCCAGUUUAAAAUUGGCAUGACCCAAUGCUUUUUUUUCACUAAUGCAUCCUUAACAGAAGUCCACCGGCACGUUCUGAUACUCAAAUUAACUGCAUCACAUGAAAGAAUCUGUCUGGACGAUUACCUCAGUGUAAGAUGCCUAGUUCCUGACAAUAUUCACCACCUGUGAUGUAAGUAUGAAUCUCCCGUGUUAUCAUUUCUGUUUCAACAUGUGAAUUUACAUUCAUUGUGGUAUUGUUAAGGAAACUACAGCCAUCACCUUAAAAAUGAAGCCUAAGAAUGAAUUUCAUAAAGCGCUAGGCCUACGACUUCAGCCUUCACCUACACUGCUACUAGGGCCUAAUAAUAUCUCAGCAUAUGAGGCUGCAUGGAUGUGUACACUAGCCUACAAGUACGUUAGAGCUACAAUGUUUUUAUAAUCCUUAUCUAGCUGAUCUAUCCUACCUUGUUUAACAGUGUAAAUUGACUCGUCUGGCUAGGUUCACCAAGUGUCCAGUAAAGUGAAGCUACACCAGAAAUCCGCUGAGGUGAAGCCUAGCCUCCUCAUGGCUUCACUACUUAUGAAACCCAUUCAGUAAGCGACUGACUGCUCUCCUAUUCUCUAACACAUGCUAUUGACUGACUGGCUUAGCCUAUAUAGACAUUCAGAUCGACAAUAGAGCCAUCUUCAUUGUCGUGGAUGUGAUAUUUGCCGGGCUAGCUUAUAUCAACACGAUAGCCUAUUGUCGGUUUAAAUAGCUAUUU